UAAAUGUUAUUUAAUCCUGAUCUUCUUGAAGUUGUUGAAUUCAGACAGAGGUUAGGAUGUUUUAUUUUGUUGAUUUUUAUUGUAUUCUUUAUUUACAACCAAUCUGGAAUAACAAGUACAAGUAUUUGCAUAAUUUUUUUUUUAGUAUGGUUGAGCAAGAUGUCAAUGGUACCCAACCACUGUUUAUUGCAAAUGAGGGUAAAGUUGUCUCCUUGGGAGAUGAUUUCAUGCGUUUAACUAGAAAAUACACUAUUGAAGAGCUUCAAGAUAACAAUGAGGAGGGUUCUUUUAUCAUUUUUGGUACAAUCCAAGGUAUUGUUGAGGAUGGAGGUUGGUGGUAUUCUGCUUGUGUGUGUGGAAAGGGUAUCUAUCCUCAAAAUGGUGUAUAUUACUGUGAUUUUUGUUUGAAGCACAUAACUAAUGUGACUCCAAGAUUUAAAAUUAAAAUAACAGUUGAAGAUCAUAGUGGGGAGGGUAUUUUCCUUCUCUUUGAUCAUGAGGCAUCUUAUUUGCUUAAGAAAUCAUGUGCUGACUUGUUUACCGAGGUUCAAAGAGAUGCAAGUAAUAGCUUGUAUGUGGGGAUACUUAUCCUCCCAUAUUCCAAGGGCUCAUUGGAAAGAAGUUACUGCUGAAGGUUGAUACCAAAGGUGUGCCACAUGAUACAUUUUAUGGCACUUUCUGAGUUAGGAGAAUAUAUGAUGAUCCCACCAUUAUUUCCAUGUUUGAGCUUCCCGAUUAUGAUGCUGAUGAUGAG